GCACUGACUGGCGGCACUGACUGGCACAACCCCUGGGCACUGACUGGUGCACUGACUGGCAGCACUGCUGGGCUGCACUGGUGGGUGGCACUGGUGGGCAGCACUGGUGGGUGGGCACAGGUGGGUGGCACAGGUGGGUGGCACUGGUGGGCACAGGUGGGUGGGCACAGGUGGGUGGCACUGCUGGGCACAUGUAGGUGGCACUUCUGGGCACAGGUAGGUGGCACUGCAGAGUGGCACAGGUGGGCGGAGAUAGUGGGCGCACUGCUGGGCACAGGUGGGCGGAACUUGCGGGUGGCACUGCUG